AUGGCGACCGAAUUACACUCGGAAUUGCCCAUCAGACCCGUCCCGAGGGACAUUAGAAUUGUCACCACCGCCGGCAAUGACGAGAGGAGACACAAGCACUCCCGGUCUUCAUACUCAGAGGCAUCCCCCCUGACAUCCAGGAAUAAUUCGUUGACCUUUCGUCCCGCGAAGCGGCCAAUGCCCUCGCCCGACAAGACCAUUGCUGUCAUCAACGCCAGUGGAAGGCAGGCAGCUUCCCUCAUCCGCGUGGCCACCGCUGUCGGUUAUCAUGUACGAGCACAGUUGAGGAAUUUAGAGGGCGUAGUCGCUACCGAGGUAGCGACGAACCCAAAUGUGACAAUUCUCCAGGGCGAGCUAUACACCAAGGAACGUCCCGCAGAGACGGCCAAUGUGGAUGUGACACAAAAUGGCCCCAUCUCCGGCAUCGGUGUGAACCACGCCCUAAUCUCAGAGCUGUUCCGAGGCGCCCAGCUGGCCUUCAUCAACACGACAUUCUACGGUGACGAGCAACGAAUUGGGGAGGCCCUCGCAGACGCCGCUAAAAGGGCCGGAAUCCAGCAUUAUAUCUACUCCUCGAUGCCAGACCACCACGUCUAUAACAAGGACUGGCCAUCGCUGCCGCUGUGGGCAUCCAAGGACAAAGUUGAAGCGUACGUUAAGAAGAUCGGGCUGCCCUGCACCUUUGUCUACACGGGCAUUUACAACAACAACUUUACGUCGCUGCCGUACCCCCUUUUUUGCACCGAGCUCCAACCAGACGGUUCCUGGAUCUGGCAAGCGCCUUUCCACCCUGACGUCAAACUCCCCUGGCUCGACGCCGAACACGAUGUGGGCCCUGCUAUCCUCCAGAUUUUCAAGGACGGCGUCAAGAAGUGGGGGGGCGGGAAGCGCAUCGCCCUCGCCUAUGAGAUGCUCUCCCCCAAAGAAGCUUGUGAGGUUUUCUCGCGGGGAGUUGGCCGGCCAGUACGCUAUAUCCGAGGCCCGAUUGAGAUCAAGGUCAAAAUUCCCGAGGGAUACCGCUGCCAGCUGGAGGCGCUUGAGGCCCUCUUUGGGCUUGGCAAGGAUGACCCCACGAAGCAGCCCCCUUACUUUGGCGACAUUGAGCUGGAGAAGAGCUGCCCGACAGUGGCCAUGGAGUUGUGGGAGGGCCCGCGCGGUCUCGAGGAGUAUGCGCGGGAGGUGUUUCCUCUAGAGGAACAGGCAAACGGGCUGACAUGGAUGCUGGAGGAUGACAAUGCCAAUCAUCAUGGCAAUGGCUACGCUCACAUUCAAGAGCAUCCACACCAAAAUGGCGACAUUUCGACAGAGCCGCCUGAAUCAGACGCCGAGGACGACGACGAGGGCCUUGUCAUGAGGGGGUUGAAGCGGGACGAUGAGGAGUGGCUCGCUUAG